AUGAUGUGGGGUGCAGGCAGCCCCCUGGCCUGGCUCUCAGCCGGUCCAGGCACUGUGAAUGUGAGCACCGGAGACCCAGAAGAGGGGCCCACUGGCCCAGCUGCCCUGCUGCCCUCGCCCAGAGCCUGGGAUGUGGUGCUGUGCAUCUCAGGCACCCUGGUGUCCUGCGAGAAUGCGCUGGUGGUGGCCAUCAUCGUGGGCACCCCUGCCUUCCGGGCCCCCAUGUUCCUGCUGGUGGGUAGUCUGGCCGUGGCAGAUCUGCUGGCCGGCCUGGGCCUGGUCCUACACUUUGCUGCUGUCUUCUGCAUUGGCUCAAUGGAGAUGCGUCUGGUGCUGGUUGGUGUGCUGGCAAUGGCCUUUACUGCCAGCAUUGGCAGCCUACUGGCCAUCACGGUCGAUCGCUACCUUUCUUUGUACAAUGCCCUCACUUACUACUCAGAGACAACAGUGACUCGGACCUAUGUGAUGCUGGCCCUGGUGUGGGGGAGCGCCCUGGGCCUGGGGCUGCUGCCAGGCCUGGCCUGGAACUGCCUGGAUGGCCUGACCACGUGUGGUGUGGUCUAUCCACUCUCCAAGAACCAUCUGGUGGUCCUGGCUAUUGCCUUCUUCAUGGUGUUUGGCAUCAUGCUGCAGCUCUAUGCCCAGAUCUGUCGCAUUGUCUGCCGCCAUGCCCAGCAGAUUGCCCUCCAGCGGCACCUGCUGCCUGCCUCCCACUACGUGGCCACCCGCAAGGGCAUCGCCACACUGGCCGUGGUGCUUGGCGCCUUUGCUGCCUGCUGGUUGCCCUUCACUGUCUACUGCCUGCUGGGUGACGCCGACUCCCCAUCCCUCUACACCUAUCUCACCCUGCUCCCCGCCACUUAUAACUCCAUGAUCAAUCCCAUCAUCUACGCCUUCCGCAACCAGGACGUGCAGAAGGUGCUGUGGGCCGUGUGCUGCUGCUGUUCCUCUUCCAAGAUCCCCUUUCGAUCCCGAUCCCCCAGCGACGUCUAGCUAUGUCCUGGUGCCCUGCCGCCCUGGUGAGUUGCUUUAUUGCAACUUCCUCUGCUCCACACCCCUACAGACCCAGCUGGUUCUGGAGUUCUAGGACAUUGGGUGUUCCAGGAUUCUGUUCAAGGUCCUUGUAGGCAGUCAGCUGGCUCUAGGGUUCUAGAAUGUUCCAGGCGGCCAGGGUUCCACUCAGAAAUGUCCCACUGCCCAGGUGGCUUGCAGUUCCAGAAUGCUGGGGAUCUUACAGUGCCAUUCCAAGUCCUUAAACUUGUCCUCUCCCUGAAACUUGACCUUGGCCAUGUCACUUUACUUUUGGAUUUUUCAGUCAGAGAGGAUAGCCAGUUAGUUGCCUAGACAGGAAAAAAAAAAAAAAAGAUUAUAUCUAUA